UAGAACUUAGUAAGCAAACCAGAUUUUGUCUCAACGUUCCAAGCUCCUUGAGACUUUUCACCGAUGUUUAGUGUAUUACAAACCUCGGGACUGGUUACAUUUCUAUACGUAUUUUCAACCAAAAAAUAAUUAGAUUUAACCUUUUUUGGCGAGCGUCGCAAAGCUGUACAAAUUCAUUGUUAAUUUUUAGCAAUACCAAAAAGCAAAAGAUCAAGACUAUAGAGAGGGCACCGAGUAGUAAACCCAAGGUCGCCGCACAUCAUGAAUCCAACCAAUCUGGGCAAGCAGAACGGUGCACUGGUGAUGGAGGUGCUGAAGGUCCUAGGACGUCCGGCCACUAGUUUCGAGGUGGCCGAGAGGGUAUCCGAUGUCUACCGUCUGCCACUGCAACCCAUCCGUCCCGUGGUGACCGAUGUCCUCGAGGGCGGGGUACGCCAGGGGUUCUUUAGCUACAGGAACCAUCGCUAUUCGGUGGUGCAGCCAGUGGUGGAUCAAUUGCGUCGCGACAUUGAUAACUAUGCAUCCGAAAUACUGGCCAUGGAUGGCUCCUGUGAUGGCUCCAGUGAGAUUUGCGCAAGUGGCGGCGGUGGUGGUUGUUAUGGAGCACUUCCCCAGAUGUCUCCGUUGAUGCUAAAGCUGCAGAAAUUAGAUGGAUCACCGCCCAUGGUGGCCGGGGGGAACAGAUAUCGCCAGACGAACACGGGGGAGCAGCAGGAGCGUUUGCCAUCCGGGGAUGUGCCAAUAGACGAACGAGAGGAGAUCGUCAUGCUUCCCGUCUCCCCGAUAUAACAAAUUUCACAUUUUAUUAUAGAUUGUUCCACCGAAUGCUAGUGCAUCAAAAUUUCUGGCGUCCAAUAAACCGGGCAAGGGCUCGAUGUGUUCACAUGGCAGCAAAUGUUGGACCUAGAGAA